AUGCAAAUAAAAUAGAGCACUUGCUCAUUUUAGACAAUAAAAUUUUAAGGGGAUUCAGAUGAUACUGAGCUUGAUUUGUCUUGUAGCACUUCUAGAGAAUACUAUGAAUCUAUAAAGCCAUCUGAAAUAUUGCAAGAUGCAAAACAAGCUAAUUAGAGAAUAAAAAAUCUAAUUAACUCAAAGUCAAUUUACAAUGAAGAAAUAACCAAUUUGUACCCACAUGAAAAGUAAGUUGAUGCUGUGCAAAGUAUUAAUGCAGCUACUUCCUCCUAAGCACUGAAUGAUGUUUGGAAAAAAAUAAGGAGUAAUAGAUAAGAUUUCCACCCUCCUUAGACUUAGACUAAGCAGAACAAGAAGUAAGAGCAAUAUCCGACCAAGUGCAUUCUCAACGAUAGGAGGCUAACUCUAAAUGAGUUGGGUUAAAGUAUUAGCAAGAAUUAAAAUAAGAGUCCUAAUAAUCACACCAUUAACCAGGAUAAUAGCUAUUUGUUUAACAGAAAUCCUAUCAAGGUAAUGAAAGGGAUGUAUUCUGAGAGAGAUAGCAGGAAUUCGUAAUAAUUUCAGCACAGAAGUUUAGGUCAUUCUACAUUUAACAAUACAACCUAAGGUGAUAGAUCGACAUCAAUCAUGAAUAAAACCUCAAAUCAAACUCAAAUGAGAGAAUCAAUGAGUAUGAAUAAAAAUGCAAGCACCACAGUUUCAAGAAUUAAUCUUCAAUCAGUUUAUCAAAAGUUCUAAGCAUUUACAACAUUAAAAAACUAGAGUCCUAUAAAUAAGGAAAAACCAUCUAUCCUAAAUAAAGAUCUUAAAUUAACUAAAUUUACUAAACAAAAUCAGAAACUUAAAAAUAAGCAAUAAAAUAGUACUUAGUAAAACGGUUAUCAUUUUAUUCACUCUUAAAAUUACAAUCUUAAGUCGAAUAUAAGUUACUAACCGACUAAUUAGAUGAGUACGUAAUCUCCUAAGCUAUCAAUGAGACCUUCAUGUACUCAAAAAGAUAUCAAUGAGUAAAUAACCAACCUCUAAAGUUUGAAGUUUGAGAGUAAAAAUAAAUAUUCACAACCUAAAUAGAAAAAGAGAGAUUUCAGUGAAAUUCUUUUAAAGUCUUAGAAUGACCUUCAAAAUCAAUAGCAAAAAGACUCAAACAUCUGCGAAGAUAUACCCAUUGUUACUUUAAGCAGAUAAUCAUUGAAUCAUCACCUAUCUCUUAAGUUGAAACGUCCUUCUGAAGACUAAAAAUAGCCUCAACUAUCACCAUUAUUCUCAACUGUUUAAGAUGAUGCUUUUAAGAAUCAAAGGAUAAACAUCAAUGACAUUAGAUCAAGAACUUCUUCUUAAGAUCAUUUCAAUUAGACCUUUGAUACUCAUAAUUAUGUUAAAGACUGCAUUUCUCCAAAAAAUUAAGAAGAGUUUACUGAACUCACCUACAUUAUUGAGCAGGAAUAGAAAGAGCCCCCAUCAGCUUAGAGAUAAGAAUUUAAACAGGAUUAGUUGAAAGAUUUGAGCUCUCGGAUGGAUGAGAAUAUGAUGAAUUUGUAAAAUCUUGCUAAGCUGCGUGAACAAAAGAACAAAUAAGUUCAUUAGUAAAUGAUAAAACUAGCUCAAGUUAUGCAGGAUAAGUACAAUAUGCUUGACGAGUAAACUUAACUAGAGACUGAGAUUGAAAACCUCAAGCGCUAUUAAACUUAUCAAAAAUCUUAAAAUCUUAAUCUUGAAAAAGAAGUCAAGAGCAUUAAAAGUAUUUACAGAUAAAAAACUAUAGAUUUGGAUAAAGAAUUAGGGGUUCUCUCUAGUUAAAAGAGCUUUAUUUAUGGUAAAUAUGAGUAAAAUUAAUAAAGAUUGAACCAAGAGAUUCAACUUAUAAGGGGUGAAGAAAAAUUCAAUAUGCUAGAAAUCGAGUAAAGAUAAAAUUAUUGUGAUCUAGCUGAUAGAUUGAUAUAUCAACUAUUUGAGUAGAUCAAUAAUGUGAUAAGAUAAGAUAGCUCAGAUAUUAUUAAUUUUGAUGAGGAGUCCCAGAUCAACACUUUUGAGAACUAGGAUAAUAUUACUUCUCCUGAGAGACCAAUAAACAUAACUUCAACACAUACAAAACUUUUGGACUAGGAACAUUUAUUCGAAGAUAGAAAGAUUAAACUACUCGAGCUAAAUCUUUCUAAAGUUAUAGAGGAGGAAGGGUCUUAUAUUACUUCAUUUAGAGAUUCAGUUAAUGCUAUUCACACGCAAAGAAGUUUGUGA